AUGUUUGCUAAGAAGCGGUCAGCCGUUCACCAGGUCCGAGGACAUGCAACAAAACGGGGUUGUAGUGGUAUUACUCGCAAUGACAUUGGUUGUGGCACAAUCGGUUGUUCACUUUGUGUAAAUGCUGUGUGUGGCGCCCGUGGUGCCUCCAUUGUACCAACUGCACCCAUAAUGAUUCCAGACACCAAUGUGGUGCUUCAUAAUAUGAAUGCCCUUGAGGAUGCUCGUGUUCAGAAUAUUGUUUUCUUAUCAACCGUUGUGUCUGAAGUACAGAACCGUAAUAAGGCAAUUUAUGCAAGAGUUCAACGUCUUAUUGCUGUUGAGCAAAAACAAUGCUAUGUUUUUCCAAACGAUCGUCAUGAGCAAACCCAUUGUAUGGUAGAGCGAGAUGAAACCCCAAAUGAUUUUAAUGACCGCUGUAUUCGAGUAGCGGCUAAAUGGUAUGGACAGCACCUUACUUCAGCUUUCCCAACAAAUCCUCCAAGCGUUUUUCUCGUUUCACAUGAUAAGUUACUUCGACAGGCACUUAAUGCUCAAACAGAGGAGAGUCAUACUCCAAAUCUUUCGUGUGUUACACUUCGUCAGUUUCUGGAACAAACAGUAACCGCUGGUACAGAUUUGUUGGAAAAAAUUCAAUAUGAACAACCUGCCGGUAUGAAGGAGUCACCUACAACAGGAGGAUUAUUUGUACCUCAUUUGCCUGAAAGUGCACUGGAGGUUGGUAUACAAAAUGGUAUAUACCUACGUAGUAAACUGCGUGUGAGUGAGACGAAUUGUUUUUUUGGUGAAAUACGUGGAGAGUGGGAAGGACGACCAUUUGCACGAGUUUUGUUACCAGGAAGGUCUAACCUUAAUCGUGCUAUUCAUGGAGAUAUUGUGGUCGUUGAAUUACUACCCGUUUCCUCAUGGCGGGGAAAGAAGGAUGCUGAACCUCUUGAUGAUAAUACUUCACAUUCAACAGCUGUUGAACUUGGUUUUGUCCCUGUAGGACGUGUUGUUGGUAUUACAGAUAUGCAACGACGACCUUUCUGUGGUAGUAUUGACGUAGAUGAACUUAAACGACUUAGUACUUCUUCUGGAUCAGGAUCAGGUAGUGUAAGUGUUUUAUUUCAACCUAAAGAUAAUCGUAUUCCUCGUAUUCGUAUCUCUACAAGACAUAUAGAAGAUUUAAAAGACAAACGAUUGAGUGUUAUUAUUGAUGAAUGGCCAGAGUACAGCAGUUUUCCUUUGGGGCAUUAUGUUGAGGUACUUGGUACUAUUGGUGAUAAAGAUACUGAAGCAAAGGUAAUCUUACUUGAAAAUGACAUUCCACACUAUGACUUUAGUGAAGCAGUAUAUGACUGUCUUCCAAAGGGACAAUGGAGUGUAUCGCAAGAAGAACUAGCAAAAAGACUUGAUCUUCGGGAUCUCUGUGUUGUUAGUGUUGAUCCACUAGGAUGUCGUGAUAUUGAUGAUGCUUUACACUGUCGAGUAGUAAAUGGAAAUCAUCUUGAAGUUGGAGUUCAUAUUGCAGAUGUUACACAUUUUUUACAAGAAAAUACUGCUAUGGAUGAGGAAGCAGCAAAACGCAGUACAAGUGUUUAUCUUGUGGAUAGACGUAUUAAUAUGCUUCCACAGCUGCUUACGGAGAAUCUUUGUUCUAUUGUUGAAAAAGAGGAUCGUUAUGCAUUUUCUAUUAUGUGGGAAUUUGAUGAAAAUUAUAAUGUUGUUCGUGACUACUUUGGAAAAACUGUUAUUCGUUCCCGUGCAGCACUUUAUUAUGGUGAUGCCCAACGUAUGAUUGAUAAUCCUGCAGAUAACAGUGAAAUUGCUGUAUCAUUACGUCAUUUAAUGAAACUCAGUCGUCAUUUUAAACAACAACGAGAAAAGGAUGGUGCAUUAUUCCUUGCUUCUCAAGAAUUUAAAUUUAAGGUAGAUAAUGAACAUGUAAAUCCUACAGAUAUGCAAGUGUAUCAAACCUUUGAGGCAAAUUCUAUGAUUGAAGAAUGGAUGCUUUUUGCUAAUGCAGCAGCUGCAAAGAAAGUAUACGAAAAUUAUCCACGAUGGACACUUUUACGUCGUCAUGAACGUCCUGCAGAAAACGCUUUUGAAACUUUAAAUGAAGCACUUCAAGAAAAAAUUGGUAUGUCUCUUGAUGAUACAACAUCAUUAACAUUAAAUAAUUCACUAAAUCGUUGUAUUGAUCCUAAAGAUGAGUAUUUUAAUAAACUUAUUCGUAUUCUCGUCACACGUUGUCUACGACAGGCACAAUAUUUUUCAAGUAGUGAAGUUUCAAAGGAUGAGUUUUAUCACUUUGGUCUUGCUAUGCCUAUUUAUACCCAUUUUACUUCUCCUAUUCGUCGAUACGCUGAUGUUAUUGUACAUCGACAAUUAGCCGCUGCACUUGGUAUUAUGAAUGUGAGUGAAACUCAUAUGGACUCUGUCAAGAUGGAAGCGCUCGCAGCUAACAUUAACUAUCGUCACGAACAAGCACAACGAGCGGGACGCGACUCUCAGAAUCUUUUUACUGGAUUCUAUCUACGCAACUUUGCUAAUCAGGCUAUACCUCCAGAGGAUGGAUAUGUUGUAAAACUCUCUGAAACACAUGUGUUUGUACUCGUUCCAAAGUAUGGGCAAGAAGGGAAGAUUGCAAAGGAGCAACUUGUACGUAUACCAAAUCUACUAGAUAAGGUUCAAGUUGGUAUUGAGAUGCAACAGCGGGGUGAUGUACUUCGCACUACUCUGACUUUUUCAUUGAUUGGAUUGAUGAAGGAAGGUGGGAUAGAGAGUACGGUGUCCCCCGUAGAGGAAGUAAAUGAUGAGGUGAAGGACGAGGAACCAGCACUUAAGAAAGCUCGUCUCGCGGAUAAUAAUGAUAAUAAUAAUAAUAAUAAUAAUAAUAAUAAUAAUAAUAAUAAUAAUAAUAGCAACAACAACAACAAUGAUGAUGAUGGUAGUGAUAUGAAGAACGAGACUAAGAACAAUAUUUGUGAAAAUGCAGAAAAAGAUGCAUAA